AUAUAAACAAUGGUUGCAUCCAAGUCUGGUAUCGCUGUUGGUCUCAACAAGGGCCAUAUCACCACCCGUCGUGAGCUCAAGGCUAAGCCUUCCAACAAGAUUGGUGCUGCCUCCAAGCGUACUACCUUUGUCAAGAGCGUUAUCCGUGAAGUCUCCGGUUAUGCUCCUUAUGAACGUCGUCUUAUGGAAUUGAUCAAAAACUCCAAGGAUAAGCGUGCCAGAAAGCUCUGUAAGAAGAAGCUUGGUUCUUUCCUCCGUGCCAAGAAGAAGAUUGAAGAACUCCAAGGUGUCAUCGCUGCCUCUCGUCGUCAUUAAGUUGAUAGCAAUGUACCAAAAAUAAAAGCUAUGUUUAGCGUAUAAGCUAC